AUGUCCCCCUUCCCACCAGACCCCAAGUCCCCCCUCUCCACCAUAACCACCGUUGCCCGUGAAAUUGCCCUCGCCGGUGGUGAAGCAACCGCCAUCCCCGUCGACACAACCAACUACGACAGCAUCCAGCAGCUAGUCACCAAAACCAUCGAGACCUACAACCGCCUCGACAUCCUAAUCUACAACGCCGGCGCCAUCUGGUGGGCGCCCGUAGCCGCCACACCCAUGAAGCGGUUCCAACUAAUGCAGCGGGUGAACCCGGAGGGUCUGUACGGCGCCGUGCAGGCCGCGCUGCCCUAUCUCAACCCCGCGGACGAAAGGGGACGGAAGGCUAGGGAGAGGGCUGGCGGCGGGGCACGGAUCGUGGUGGUGUGUCCGCCGAUCUAUAGUCGGUUUUUUAGGGGCAAGACGGCGUAUGCGAUGGGGAAGGUGGGGAUGAGUGUGUUGGUGAAGGGGUUGGCGAUGGAUUUGGAGAGGGAGGGGGUUGUGGGUGGGGAGGGCGGUGAUGAGGGAGGCGUGGGGAUUGGGGGGUUGUGGCCGGCUGUUGCUGUCGAGUCUGCGGCGACAGAGCAGUUUACGCGCAAAGAUCCGUCCUACACCAAGGACUUGCGCAAGGCCACCAUCUUCUCAGAUGCGGUUCUUGCCAUGAUCAAGGCCCCGGCAUCCGUCAUGAACGGCCAGCUAGAGCUAGACGAGGAUUUCCUGAGGAAACAAGCGGGUGUCACUGACUUCUCCAAAUAUGCCGUUGUCCCGGGGACGUCACCAAGGAGGAUCGUGCCGGCUGAACUGCCGGAUUUGACGGUCAAGGAGCAAGAGGAUGAAGGAAUGAGGACUGAUAGUUCCAAGCUUUGA